GUGAUGAUUUGCAAAAUUGCUACGAUAUAUAACAAGGUGCAAAGUGCACACUGUUUUUACUUUUUGCGAUUAAUCGUCGAUAACAAGUUGGUUCUAAAAGUGUUGUGACGCACAUAUCUUGAACAAAAUUUGGAUUUUAUUUUAUAUAUAUUGAGUAAUUAUAUUCUGAUUAUUCUGAUAUAAAGGAUACACGGUAAAUAUAAAAUAUUGAACUGGAAUAAAAAUUUUUUACGGUAUAUGUAUAGAUCUAGAUAACACUCCAGAAAAUUUGCGGGAAGCAUGUAAUGACUUCUUUCUGCUUGAUUGCACUUGAAUUUAUAUGUAAUACAGUAAUAAAUUGCACAUAAUGCCACAGGGAAAGCUCAAAGUUAAAACAAAAUUACCAGCAUUGGUAAAGACAAAGGCAAAUAAAGUUAAGAAAGGCCUUGCUAUCCAAAAACGUGGAAAUGCUCCGGUGCAGCCAAAGAAAACAAAGCUGCAGGAGAUACAAAAAUUAAAGAAAAUGAUUUCGAAAGCAGUGAACACUACUAUAGAAGAUGAAUUGCGAGAGAGAGCCAUGGAGGGAAAGAAAACCCUUGCGAAGAAAGAUGCUUCCAGCUCGCAAAAAAAAUGAUAUAUUAAUUACUAUUGUGCUUACGUAUGUAUUAAUAUAUUGUAUAUAAUAAAUUAGUAUUAUACAUUUUA